AUGGUAUUAUUUCAGGUAAUGACUCGCAGGAGGAUCCCCUUCCUCUCAUCAAGAGGAAAUGGGAUGAAAAGGAGACUUUCGGCAUGUCACCUCUCGGUUGCUAGGCAGGCAGCGAUAGCAAGUGGCUGUUCGUGGCUUCCUGGAAACCAGCUGGUAGAGCCCAUGUGUGGAUCUGGGGAUGAUCAACUCAGAAGAAAGGAGAUGAAAGGAGCAGAGUGGUGGGGGAAGUGAUCACAAAUAUACAAAAAGGGUGUCAGGAGAAGAGUGGAAUGCUACUUCAACAAAUACUCUUGAAGAGCGUAACACAAAAUCACUGGUUGAAGUUACACAGGCGCAGACCUCUGCGAAUCGUUAGGGGGGAGAAGUUCCUGACUUUCAGCUUGCUGUGAUGUCUCCAUUGUUGGAGGCAGUGUGCUUCUGAAUACCAGUGACUAGAAACUGAAGGAGAGGAGACUCUUGUGCUCAGGUCCUGUUUGCUGGUUUCAUAUUGAGGCAUCUGGUUGGUCACUGUGGUUGGGCUAGAUGGACUGCUGACCUGAUCCAGCAGAGCUCGUCUUGUGAUGCGGAAGCUGGUGGAAUGUGCUUACUUAGAAGUAUUCAAAGGAAGCUUGGACUUCUGGCUUGGAUAUUUUCAUAUCUAAUUUCUUUAUUUCUUUUAACAUUUUUUUAAAAUUAAAUACAUAAUAAAACAUAAACAAAAUCAUCCCAGAAACAGGUUAGAAAUAUCUAUCUCAUGCGCAAACCAAACUGUUGUGGUCUUGCUCAGUUCCCAUUGCCCUGAAGCUUGUGCAGAACCCAGUGAUGGAAGGAAUGGCAAAUUAAUGAGAGACAAAUUCCUAUCAUUAUGGAGUGGAAUUAUACAACAAAGUGGCCAUCGCUAGAAACAUGCCAUAAGAAAUCGUAGCUGUAUCACAGAUAGGCAACUGAACAGGAUCUCACUUUGUGAUCUUAAGGAAGAAGAGGAUUUGUUCAGGAAGAGGCCCUCUCUCUCAAACAUGCUGGGGUUCUGCAGAUCAUGUAGGGUUUUAAAGCUAACCAACAACUCACAUUUGCCCCACAAUUCAAUAGACAAGGUAUGGCAGGUGCUUCUUUCAAUCUGGGGACCACAGUCCCUUAUGGGCAACCUUUCAAGAGCUGCAUACGAGUGAUGAGCAGGACCAAAGCCAGAAAGUGGGUGGGGUCAAAGUCAAAAGUGGGUGGGACAACCAAGGUGACUCUUACUUUUGUAGAGUAGGCUACAUGCAAAAGAAAGAAGUUUCUACACCCACAUAGUUUUUGCCAUCCAGGCAAAGAAGGUAUAUCACAGUUCAGGGACUCAUUUCAAUCACAUGUGGAGCAGAGCUGUUGAGAAAGACUUUGAGGGCUGCAUAGAGAGCCCUGGAGGGCCACUUUUGGCCCCCAGGACUGAAGUUCUCCACCCCACCAACAGGCAGACAUGGAGAUAAAACAAAAACAGACAAAGAAGGUGUUAGAUGUUCCCACCGGCCACCUUCAACAAGCAUCACAAGGAUAAGCCUUUGCCGAGUUCAAACGUUCAUAAAAGCUAAUCUAAAAUUUAAAAAACACAUAUAUUAAAUUAGCCGUGCUCAGAUCAACCACUUUCCUGAGAGUGACCCUCAGCAUACGCUUUAUAAUUGAGAUCUUGCCAAUUUGGCUCCAGAAGGUAAGAAUUGACAGUUCUGUCCAAACACGAAGGAGCUGUAAUGCUGACAUUUCCAUGGAGAGCUUGACAUGCCGUCGAGCCGGUUAGCAUUUACAGCGGCGUGCCAACGUGAAAUGUUGAUAACGGGAGCUCUCCUUUUCAAUAAAUUUCCAUUCAUCAUGCUGAAAAGGUUGCUCUCUAGAAUUAGAGAGGCAUAGGAUUAUCACAGACAACAAUGUGGAAAAAAAUCAUUAAUAACAGGCAUUUAAGGGUGGUCAGUCAGUUAGACUCUGACACUACACAAUUACCGCCAGGGAAUGAUCAACGAUGCAAAUAUUAAUGGGUGUUUACACUCAAAGCAGAAUACAGUGACAGGCUAUAGAGCGGCCCCAUAGCAGCCUAGUUCUCCCUGAGGUAGUCAGCCUGCGGCUGGGCUCCACAGCUUCAAAGUGGCUCUACCACAAGGGUAGCAGGUUAAGCAUCAGCAAGAAAGAAGAAAUGCAUCACCCCAAAGAAGGUAAAAGGGGACGCUAAUUUGCAUAAAAUCUACAUAUGUGGAUGUUUAUGCAAAUUUAACACUAACAAUGCCUGUACAAUGGAGGUAGCAGAGAGUGACUUUGCAUAGUGAAGGGGGGGCAUUAAUGCAACCAUACCCUUUUUGAAGCGAUCCUUCAUAUUUUGUGAUGUUCUCCUACCAGAACGUGUGCAAGGAAAGCGUAUUAUUAUUGUUAUUCUUAUUAGUUUUAUGAGUUCUAUGAGUUCUAUGGAAUUGUACUGUUAACAACCAAGAGAUCUCCCAACGUGGGACAGGAUAUAAAUGGUCCAAAACCAACAAAUGAACAAAUACAAUACUGUGAUGAGAUGUUCCAUGUGUCUGCUCAGUCUACUGUACCAGGUGAAGGUUGAUGGUGGGGCAAGCUUUGGUAAUAUGGCACCCUGACUGAGAAAAUCAUCUCUCUCUCCCCCCCACAGAAUAUUUAUUUUCACAAUAAUCCCAUUGGGUACAGUUGCUGUUUCGUGCCUCCUCAGGUUGUCACCCUGUGCAGGUGAACCGCCUGCACCACCCUAAAUCUGCACCACCCUCUCCAGAUGUGGUUGGACUCCAGCUCCCAUCAGCCCCAGCCAGCAUGCUUGGUGGUCAGGGAUAAUGGGAGUUGGAGCCCAGCAACAACCCAAGGUCCUCCGAGUCCAUACUUAAGAUUCCCAGCAACUGAUAUUCAGAAGCAUACAUAUACUGAAACGGGUUUGUGUGUGUCUUAUUUCAGAAUGUGGUUCAGUUUGGCUUGUCUGGAGAAGUCAGUGGCAACUUGGGUAAGGAAUCUUGGACAAAGUAUCCAAACCGAGCCUUGAAGGCAUUUACAACUUCACAUUCAAAGGAAAAAGCCCUAAAGGAGCUGACAGCAUUCUCAACACCAGCAGUCCAGAAACGGGUAAUGUUAUGCUAGUCCAAAUUAUGUAACGAUUUGUGCUAAAGAGGGAAAAUGUGUGCCAGCCCUGGAACACUGCCAUCCUGGAAAUCCACUGCAAUGAAUCCUCUCCGGCAGAGCAGCUACGUAUGGCUUGUCAGAUUUUAUUUUCCGCCCCCAGAUGUCUUGAUAGACAGACACUUUCUUGACUGGAAACUGUGGGAGCAAUCCAGACCCAUUAAAAUCAAAUGUGUUGUUUUGUCUUGGACUUUUGGGGCUGGAAUGUAGCUUUCUCCUUGGAUGUCACUGUUGGACUGAAAUACAGACAGAGAGCUGAAACAUUUCAGAUACAGUUGGUGCAAAAUGAUGGGGAGGGAGGCUCCUUUCCCACUGCACCACUUGGUCAGAAAAAAGAAGAAUCUGGAUCAGCCUUUGCCAACCUGGUGCCCUCCAGAUGUUUUGGACUACUUAUUUACAGUGUUUAUUGAAUUUACUUCAUUCCCUUCCUCCCCAGGGCAGCAAACAGAUAUGUAAUUUAAAAGCAAAAACAUUCUCAAACAGAUUGAAACAUUCUGAGAACAAUUACAAUUAAAAUAACCUAAAAGCAGUUACAGUUAAAAAGCACCCUGAAAGCAAUUAUAAUUAAAAACAUACUUCCCUCCAAUGAUCUUGAGAUUGCCAGGAACGGUAUAUUUCAGCCACCCAAUGUCUGGGUAAAAAAGAAUGAUUACAAAUUCUUUCUGAGAGUUGUUAAUGAUGGAGACAGACACACCUCACUAGGGAUGGCAUUGCAGAACCAGGGAACCACCACUGAAAAGGCCCUGUCAUGGAUCACUGCCAAUCAGGUAGCUCCUGGGGGUGGCACCACCAAGACUGAAGCUCCCAUUAGCCCAAACUUGUAGCCCAAAACAUUUGAAAGACACCAGAUUGGCGAAGAGUGAUCUGGAGGUACAUGGAGCCAACAAUGGACCUCUCUUGGACACAGGGUCAUCUGAAAUCUUGCUUAAGGUGGUGUCUGAAGUACAUUCAAGGAGUUCUCCCUUAUGCAAGACACCUGGGUGACUUUCAGGGAAGCCGGAAUAAUUUUGAUAAGACUUGUGAGAGUUAUUGAAAGAGGCUUUGCACAUCUCUGGAAAUAAUCAAACAAGACAGGACAAGGCAAGUGUGCUUUAGAGCUCCUGAUUCAACAGUCCAUCCGAUGGCACAGGAAGCCACUGAGAUGAUGUCUUCCAAAAUGAUGAGCCGAUUGUUGUGCCACUUUUCAUCAAUGGAAUUGUAAUGAUAAAUUUUGCUUUUUGAUAUUCAACAAUUAGAUUUUGGUAUAAAAUCUGGGCCCCUGAUCUUUGUUGGUGCAUCGCUAUUAGAACUCAGCAUGAUAUUUAAUGUUCGGUCUCUUUAGUCAACAAGCCUUAGGACCUGCUGUUGAUGAUGGACUAGGUUAUGCAGCAUCCUAUAUCAGUACAAGGUGAGGUCUCUUUAAAUUGAACACAUGAAUCUACCUUUAAGAAAAGCAUUCUUUUCUGAGUUGUAAGCUGGUAUUGAUGUGCUGGGCCCUCUAAAUGCCUCAAGUUGAUCACUGCCUUGUCUUAAUUGGUAAAAGACUUUGAUGUGCUUCUACCCUGCUUUGUACAUACUGUACAAAAUUAGCUCUGCAAACGCUGACCCAUGUAACUGGACUGUGGUGGCCCCUCCAGCUUGGACUCAGAGUCCAGUCCCAGACCAGAAUAAACCAAAAAUCCACCCACCCCAUUUGAUCUCCUCCACAACAAAGCCUUGUUUCUUCCUGUCUUAACCUUGACAGGCCACAGGGGAAAUAGAUGGAAAUGGAAGAAAAAUUGAUUACAGUCUAAUGAAACAUAAGUUAGCUCUUUCUACUCCGGGAGUAAACAUUAACAGCGCAAACACUGUCCUUUUGGUUUUCCUAGGUGCAACCUUGAAAGGUCAAGUGCACACAAAAAUUAAUAUCUGCAAGACACUCGAUGGAUUUUUUUAUGGGGGGGGGACCAAAGCUUUUAAUUUUAGCAUCAGGAGUUUUGCACACAUGGUGAUGUGUUGUUGAGUCAAUGAGUGUACUGUACGUGUGUGAAGAAUAUUGCUGUAAACCAGACUAGAAAGGUCUGGGAGAGGAUUGGAAGCAAUAUCUUUCUGGGCAGAAACUGCUUUAUUACUGCCGUUCCCCUCCUUCGCUCUCUUGGGCCUGCAUUCAGCAGAGACAGGACAAAUUGUUAGUCAUUUUCAAAGCGUUUGGCAGCCCCCUGCUUCCUGGGAGUUUUUCAGCUGACAUCUUUGCUGAAGCGCUGUGCGCAAGGGUCAUUGCAAGCUCUGACUCUUAGGCCUAGUUUACUCGGCCUAUGUUACAAGUCAAGACCAAUAUAAAUUAAAAUCCACAAGCCAUACUGUGAAGGCAUUCUUUGCUCUCUUGAGGUGCUGCGUGUUGCCUUCCCUACGCACGCAUGCCCAGUUUCCUUUCAGCAGCUCUCAUAAUUUUAUCUCCGCAAAAAGUAACACAUUGUAUGCCUGAGCUAAAGGAGAAUGAGGAAGCGGGUGAAGUCGGCUUCCUUUCUUUCCCUCCUUCCCCAUAAUUUUUAAUACUUUUUAAAGGUAAAAUUUGUUGACAGUUGAGAAGCUCUGGUGAAAUGAUAAUAAUACUAGGGGCUGCUUAUCACCUGCAAACAAUAGUCCAAUGACAGGGUUUGCACUGACUGGAAAAAAUGGGAGCCAGAAUGGAUAGUGACAGUCAUGUAGAAAACACGGCUGAAAUUGGAUCCUAACUUAUAAAAUCCAGGCUAACCCAAUAGGCCCAUGCCACUAUUAUGAUAUUAAUAUUGUUCAAAAGUAUCAAAGAUGGGUUUUAAAAAAUAGGAUUGUGAACAGAAGAGAGAGCGAGUGUGUGUGUGUGUGUGUGUGUGUGUAGGUGGUGGAAUCAUUUCUUGUUUGGUUUAGACUCGGCAUUGUAGCAAUAUAUUGCUCCCAGCUAGGAAUUUGAGAUAUGAGAAAAUAAGAGAUAUGCUGUGUUUGCACAGCACGUUCCCCCUUGGCUGAUUUAAUACAAUGGUGCUCUAACAGGUAUCGGAGAGGAAGAGAAAAUAGUACAGGGAAGAGCAGUGCAGGUUGGUCUAUUAGUGCAAAUGGGGCACUGUUCCACCAACUUCAGUCUACCCUCAUCCAACCCCCGCCUGCCCUGCCUUCUUACUUGUGACUAGUCCACUGCCUGCCAGCUCCCUCCUUCUUAGGCUACAUUCAUACAGUUUUUUCCAUUUAACCAACAUGGGGUAUUAUUUUAUUUUAUGUUAUUUUAUUUUUAUUGCAUUUCUUGGUCACAUUUUCUACAAAAAGUCCCCCAAAUACCCUGCAAGUUUAAAACAGGAAAAUCAAUAAAUGCAACUGCAGCCUCAUUUGGGGGACAGGGUGGUGGUGGUGCAUGAGAUUACAAUAAAAAAAAUACCUAGCAUAACAAAAAAUUAUAGCGCUGGCCCUUAAAGAAGAGCAACUAUGAUCAGUUCCAGGCUCCCUCUGAUGUGUAGCAUCUUGAAAUGUAGCAGGAUGAAGGGUGGUACACACACAUGCACACGUUUAAACCCUCACAACAUAAAGGCCCUCCUUUUUAGAUUGCAACUUCCUCUGUGCCGGUGCUGUUUUUCUAGAAAAAGAGGUGCUGGAACUCACCAUGAAUGCCUCCCUUGUUCUUUUAUAAAGUUGUACCUUGGUUCUGGAACGUAAUCCAUUCCGGAAGACUUUUCAACUUCCGAAACGUUCGAAAACCAAGGCACGGCUUCCGAUUGGCUGCAGGAGCUUCCUGCACUCAAGCGGAAGCCGCGUUAGACGUUUGGCUUCCUAAAAACUUUGGAAAACCAGAACACUUACUUUCAGGUUUUUGGAGUUCAGGAGCACAAAACGUACAAGUACCAAGGCGUUCAAGAACCAAGGUACAACUGUAAUGGCAAUGGCACCCACCUGAGAGGUGCCAGAACUGAGUUCCAUCUGGGGGGGGGAAAGCCCAGUAACCUGUCUUUUUGCUUGUGAAGUGUAAAGCGCUUUAGUGGCAUUAUGUAUAAAAAUAUAAAAUAAUACUAGCCAGUAGAAAUUGUCCAUGGCAAAUGCCAGGAGACUUUCCCUUGGGAGCAAUAUCCGCAAGAUAGGCACCACAUCCUCGGAGACACAUCUCCUUGCCCAUAGAUGUAUUUUAUCCUUAAAUGUAGAUGAAAAGAAAGAGAAUCUACACAGCUCUCACAUUUGGUGAGCGUAGGGUUGGUAGGAGCAAGCCAUCUAUGACAAGUGUGUAUGGUUUAUGGGAAAGGAGGGUGUGGUGUGUGAGAGAGAGGGUGGGAGACUAUAUUAGUCUCCCCUAAUAUAGGUAAAUAUUAAAUAUCUAGGGUAGGUGGCUACCCUAAAUGGCCUCAGCCCAGUAUACCUGAAGGAGUGUCUCCACCCCCGUCAUUCAGCCCAGACACUGAGGUCCAGCUCUGAGGGCCUUCUGGCUGUUCCCUUCCUGUGAGAAGUGAGGUUACAGGGAACCAGGCAGAGGGCCUUCUCGGUAGUGGCGCCCACCCUGUGGAAUGCCCUCCCUUCAGAUGUCAAGGAAAUAAACAACUACCUGACUUUUAGAAGACAUCUGAAGGCAACCCUGUUUAGGGAAGUUUUUAAUGUUUGAUGCUUUAUCGUGUUUUUAAUAUUCUGUUGGGAGCCACCCAGAGUGGCUGAGGAAACCCAGUCAGAUGGGCGGGGUAAUAAUUAUUAUUAGUAUUAGUAGUAGUAGUAGUAGUAUUAUAUUACCCUAGAUGCAGAAAACAACAACAGAACUUUCAAAAAUAACGUGACUCUGUCUGUGCUUGGUAUAUUUUAAUUUGGUCCAGCUUAGCUCCAACUGCUCAUUUAGUUUCUCUUGAGGCCAUCGUAUAUCCCAAAACAAGCUAGCACUGCAGCAAGAUUCCAGAAAACAAAAUUAAUGUAGGACACAUGACCACUGUCUGACACACACAUGCACUCACUUCUCCCACACAAACCACCCACACUUGCUGUGGUUGACUCACUCCUACCCACAAUGUAUGAACUGAACAUGAGUGCAAUUCUUCCAUUAUUAACACAUGAGAGGAACUUUAAGACUUUCCUCUUCACCUAGGUAUUUGAUGAGUGAACAAUACUGUGCCUGGACACCUUGAAACCACUAGCUGUGAGAUUAUGUGGUUGUUUUAAGGAGUUCUUCAUGUCCUUAAUUGUUUUUAAAUUAUGUUUUUAUUUUGUGUUUAAUUGUACUCUUUAAAUUUUUGAGUGCUUGCCACCCUGGGCUUCUUUGGGAGGAAGAGCGGGAUGCAAUUUUUAAUAAUAAUAAUAGUUAUAAUUCUAGUGCUUUUGGGAAUGCUGAGCCACUCCCUGUACUCUUCAUGGUAGAAUUAGGAGAAGUUUGAUUUCAAGGUUGGAAUGUUAAGAGAAAACAGAGAAGGGAACAGAAAUUGCUGAUGUUCUCUUAUCUGUUCCAUGUCGAGAAUGGAAACCAAUCCAGCAAAUAUGAUUGUUGUAGUUUUCAGUCCUCGAACGAUAUGUAACUCCUUGCACCCCACCAUCCAUUUGCAUUGAAAUGAAUGGGGUGGAAUAGCACAAUGUCAACAUAACUUGUGUAAUUUAUGUAAUUAAUCACAUGCACAAGUUAUGUAAUUUUGCCAAAGUGGAAAGUAAGCUGAAUGGCGUAAUUCUUGGUGGAAGAUGAACUGUAGUGGAACAGCAACAGUGCUGCAAGCGAUGAAUGCAGGGUGGAACAGAAAACGAUGCCUACUUCAAGGCAUAUUUUAGAAGUAGAAAUAGCCAACAAGCCUAGAGGAGAAGCCACUAACAUCUCUGCCGCUGUUUCAGGAUCCACCUUGCAGCCUGGACGACAGGCCUUCAUUUUGUCAGAGACCUUGAGGUUUGACUUAAGGAGAAGUAUGAGCUCAGCUUUUUCAUACAAGGGACGCCCUCCCCCAAAACAUACACACUCGCUUCAUUCUCAAGACGUGAUAAAGUAAUCUACAGCUGGAGCCAGCUUCCAAGUCAAGGCCUAAAGGGAUUUGAUUCAGUGUCAAAACCUUUGCCUUGCGAGGUCACUCUUUCUUCUGGCUUGCCUGAGAACAAAAGCAGGAGUGUUUGCAUUGUUGUUAUUGUUGUUGUUGUUGUUGUUGCUGCUGCUGCUGCUGCUGCUGCUGUUCUCCUCCCUCUCUCCUUUUCUCUCCCCCCCCCCCCGGUCUUUGCAAUAAAAGGCUCCUGAAAUAUUUUUUCACUAGACAGAGAAACCUCUGAAGUAAGCCACGCCUAUGCAAGGAAAGGGGAAAAGAAAAGGGGAGAAAAGGGGAGAAGGAAGUGGGGGGGGGAGAGACCCGCUGAGGCUCUCUCCAGAAAGUUGCCUGAUUGAAAUCAGCCCUAUGUCUGGGGCUGUCAUAUCUCGGAAAAGACAUAAAACACGCAGAAACAUCAAUAAGCAACAAGACUCUGACAGCUCGGAGACAUUCCAGAUGACAAGAAGAGAAAGGGGGUAAGGUUAAGGCUCUAGGGGAAUAUUUAAAAUGCCUAACAGCCCGUUGAAGUGUUGGCAGGCAUCAGGGAGACCCAGAAAAGACAAGAUAAAGUCUAUCAGGUUAUCACCUGGUUCAAGACAGAUCCCUCACAGCACGACCAUGAGAAUGAGACAAUGGACAUAACGGCCUUCCCACACACAUCACACACCACAUUCGCCUCCUUUUCCCCAUCACACACACACAAAUACAGUAUUUCUUUCAAAAUGUAGCUAAGAAACAGGUUUGCAUUUUACACGGAGGUUACCCAGACAACGUUUUACAUGGUAGCUUUUUUUUUGUUACAAAAAAAAAUUAAAAAGAGGGAGAAGGAAAAGCGAGGGGGGGGGGGACACACAAACAAAAUGUAAGACAGAAGGAGCCGGGAAAAGGGGAGGGAGAAUUCUGUGAGAAUUCUGCUUCCAGCUAACAUGUACAGAAAUCAAAAAGGAUUAACAAGGUUUUUCCCCCCUUCAUUUAAUUUCCUGUACACCAGCAGCUUUUGUUAAAAGAUCAGAGAUAUUGCUAUUUAUUGAAUUUUUAAUAUGAUCUUUAUUAAAAGGCGGCUCACAUGUUUGGGUUUCUUCCCCCUCCCUCCCCCCCCUCUUUUUUUAAAAAAAAAACAUGCAUAGAUAUAACAAUCAAAGCUGAGGAAUGAACUAUGCCUGUUUGAUUUCAUUCCCUUUAUAUUGUUAUGGUGAUUUGGAUACUUAUUUAAUUCUUUUUUUAAAAUAUAUAUAUAUGCAAAAAUAAAAGCAGCCUACAGAUAAACGAUCUUGAGAUCAAGCCGCCUUUAUUUUGCUGAGUAAACAAUGGCCGCUGAGCUUAACCUUGAAAUACGGCAGUACAACUGGGGAUCGACCGGGCCAAAGAAAACCCGCCCGCCACAGAAUAUCACCUGCUGGGUGCUAAUGAAAAGCCACCCAGGCAGGCUACAAAAACAGGAGACUUAUUAUGCCCAUGCUGGGCAGCCUGCCUGCGUCUGGUGAGUUGUGGGUUGUUUCACUGGUGUGGUAGCGCAAGAGGGAUGGCCAUAGCUCAGUUGGCUGAGCAUCUGCUUUGCAUGCAGGAAGUCCUGGGUUCAAUCCUCAGCAGGGUUCAAUCCUGGCACUCCAGAGAAUAUCCCCCAGCCUGAAACCACAGAGAGCCACUGCUAGUCGGCGUAGAGAACAAAGAGGUCAGCCCGUGUUCUAGCAUGGCGUACACACAGUUUUCCUAUGUUCCUAUGUGUUGCCCAGGACUGCUUUAAAGGGACCAGCUCACUACUUAGUCCCCAGUACAGUUUCAGCUCGUGCCUAAGGGGACUGGUAGGGUGAAAGGCAGGGAGGCCAGCAGUAGGGGGAGCCAGAGACAAUGGCAGGCAGAGCUAACUAAUUUUGUCCUCCUCCUCCCUGCUGAGACUACUGAGACUAAUGAAGGGGAAGCUGACAACCAGGGCCAGCCCCUAGGCUGGUAAUAAGUAAUAAGUCAGGCAGAUGAGGGUACCUGGGACUGAGGUUGGUGGGGCAGUGCCCCAUUUGUCCUAAUGGUCAUUUGCCUCCACUGGGUUUAGGUCCAGCUUUCAGAUGUCAAAUGGCUAUGGAAACAGGAAUUGCAGGCCCAUAAGGACAAAAAGGUAGCUACCCCCAGAAGCCCCCAAUACUCUCUUAAACCCAGAGCUUCGGCCCACUGUCCUCCCCCUUAUAAUCAAUCAUUCUGAGCCUGCCUUUUUGCAGAGUCUGCACUGCAAGAGUCUUCUUUGCAGCCCAAAUUUUUCAAGCAAUUUCCCAAAAGGAAACACUUUUGUUUCUCGCUUCUAGAUAUCACCAGACCAUGACCCCAUGCCUCAAUGAUAAUGUGUGAAUUGGACCAUAAUUACUAUCUUAUUCCCUUCUGCCAAAGAGCUCAGGAAUUAUUAUUAUUAUUAUUAGUUGUAGUAGUAGUAGUAGUAUUAAAUUUAUAGCUCGCCCAUCUGGUUGGGUUUCCCCAACCACUCUAGGCUGCUUCCAGCACAUAUAAAAGCAUAAUAAAACAUCAAACAUUAAAAACUUCCUCAUACAGGGCUGCCUUCAGGUGUCUUCUAUAAGUUGGUGGGGGAAAACCCUUUUUUAAAAUUGGGGUGUCAAAAGGUUUAACUCAUUUUUGUUCCCAUAUAACAACAGCCCUGCAAGGUAGGCCAGGUUAAGAAAUCAUAACUGGCUCAGAAUCGCUCAGUGAGCUUAAACAAUAUAACCAUGAUGCUACCACUGAGCCUGGCUGGGGGUACGGCCUAAUUUAUUUAUUUCAUCAAAUUUAUAUAAUGUUUGAUUGUAAACAAAACUUCAAAGGGGUAGUUAUAAAAAGAAUAAAAGAAAAAUACAGUGGUACCUCUGGUUACGUACUUAAUUCGUUCCAGAGGUCCAUUCUUAACCUGAAACUGUUCUUAACCUGAAGCACCACUUUAGCUAAUGGGGCCUCCUGCUGCCGCCGUGCCGCCAGAGCACGAUUUCUGUUCUCAUCCUGAAGCAGAGUUCUUAACCCAAGGUACUAUUUCUGGGUUAGCGGAGUCUGUAACCUGAAGCGUAUGAAACCUGAAGCGUAUGUAACCCGAGGUACCACUGUAGCUAAGGACAGCUUUUUGAAACAUUAAAAAAAAAAUUAAAUCCAACAAUUGACUGAAAGCACAUGUCACUGGAUAGGCUUGUCUAAACAGAAAUAUUUUCAGCAGGUGUUCAAAAGAGUACAGUGAAGGUUCACUGCCUGCUGUCAAUAUGCAGGGAGUUCCAAAGGGUAGGUUCGGUCACAUUAAAAGAUUGAUUUCUUACAAAUGCAGAACAAGUAUUAUGUGGCACCUGUAACAGUGCCAGUUCCACAAAUCAAAGCGGUCUAGUGGGCCUAUUUGGGCUAAGGCGAUUUCACAGGUAAAAUUAUCCCGAGCCAUUAAGGGCUUAAUAUACUAAUAGUAACACCUUGCACUUGGCAUGGUAACAAAUCAACAACUGGUGGAGGUUUCUGAGCACAGGUGCUAUAUGUUGAUAAGGUCUCACUCCUGCCAGCAAUCGUGCUGCAGCAUUCUGCACACCACAGCUCCCGGAUCAAGUGCAAGAAGGGAAGCCCCAGGUAGACGCAGGCGCCAGGGUUGGAGGUUCCAACAGGGGUAAGGAAAAAUAGGCACGGAAUGCAUUAUCAUUCUCCUAUCUGCCAAUUUCCCCUAUAUGUGCUUGAAGAAGGUUGUUUUGAAAUGUUUUCUUCCCAACUCAGGCUCAGAAAUUGGAAGUACGCCUGCCUGCGGCGGGGGCAGCCUUGUGGGGAGGGCAUCUGCCAAAGGAAAAUCAGUGGGCUCGGGAUGGAUUAAAUAUCCCUCUUCCCCACCUGCCGAUUCCCUUUCGCAAGUGCACUUCUCUACCUACAUUCAUGUUAUUUUGCUCAGAUGUGGGUGGAACACUUGCAACUAUAUGAUUUUGCAGCAGCCUUUGAAUUCCCACAGCAAUUUUUGUCUGUGGGAAAACAUUUCAUUUGAUCAGAGUCACGGUGCUAGAGCUUUUUUAUUCCAUCUCUCUCUCCCCCCUCUUUUUUUUUUCUUCCCCAGGCUCUUGAGUUUUCCUUUGAUGCCACUAAAAUUAAAACUGGAGCGGCAGAUAGUACCCACGCUGUUCAUUGCAGAGUCAGAGAGGUUAGAAUGUGUUUGCUGCUGUUCGACUUUGACUCAUCUGUUCUUGCGCUUCCUGCCGCUCUUCAUGGGGGUGGCACAGAGAUAUUAAUAUCACAG